AAAUAAGAAUGAAAAUCUAGAGCCAUGAGGUCAAUCACCUGCUUCCGAUGCCUAUCCAAGUGUUCGAAGUAACAAAAUCUUCGAUAUUCGCGGUAAUUUAAUAUUCCAUGCCCGCUCGACGGGUAUAAUCUGCAAUGCUUUCCUCAUCCCUGUAAGCUAUUCUCUCUAUCUGUUGUAUGUUCGCUGUUUUUUUUUUCUGAAAUAAUGAUUCGAGCUGAUUUAAAUCUGUAAUUUGUGGUAAAUAUGUGAUAAUAUGUUGAUGAAAAUGUUAUCUAUGAGCUCCGCCUUGGGGAUCUGGGAAUUGUGGCGUGGAUUUUGGAGUCCGAAAUCUAAAAUUUGAAUUCUCUUGUCCAAUUGUAUAUUUGUAUGAUACUUAAGCUUUCAUGAAAUGCGAAUUUUCACUGGCAUUGAUGAUUGUUUGCAGUUUAUGCAAGUAUGAAUUAUUUUCUGCUCUUCAAUUUGUUCCUCAGCUGUAAAUUUAUGCUCAUAAUAUUUUAGGACUUUCAAAUAUUAGGUUUAUUGCAGUUUCAGAUUUUUGUUGGUAAGAAAUGAUUUAAAUAUAUCACUAAAAUAAAUAAGGAAGUAGACAAUGGAUGAAUGGGUUUUGUUGACAAUAACAAUGAUGGUGCACAAUGGCUUUCUUGCCAGGAAACUUUCGGCUUCUCAACUUCCUAUCAAUUCUAUACGUCGAACUCUUCUGUCGUCUCAUUCUCAUCAUGUAAUUGAAUGUGCACGUAUUAAACCAAGCAAAACAUAUAAAAUCCUAGGUUCAUCUCUUUUGAAGAGCGUAUCUCCAUUCAUUGGCCUUGGCCUUGCUAGUUCCUCAAAGGGACCAUACUCCUGCAAAGCAAUGUAUACAGGUACAUACCAGGGGGAGACGCCUGAAGUAGAGGAAUCUUGGAAAGAGCAAGUUAUGUCUGAUUUGCCCAUGGAGCAAGUUUUAAGUGAAGUUAUUCGAGCAGAAAAUAAUGGUAAUUCAGUAGAAAUUUCUGACUACGAGGAUGAUAAGGAAAUCCAGAGAAGAAGGAAAAUCGGUCUAGCAAACAAAGGAAAAGUGCCAUGGAACAAAGGAAGGAAACACAGCGAAGGAACUCGUGAGAGAAUCAAACAGAGAACAAAAGAAGCCUUGAAAGACCCCAAGGUUAGAAAGAAGAUGUCCGAAUAUCCUCGUUCUCUCAGCUAUCAAACCAAAGCAAGAAUACGCUCAUCACUGAGAAAGCUAUGGGGGAAACGGUUACAAUGGAAAAGGUCGAGGGAAAAUUUGUUGCAGGCAUGGGCUGAAAGUAUUGCAAAUGCUGCUAAGAUUGGUGGGAUUGAACAACAAGAACUAGAUUGGGAUAGCUAUCACAAGAUUAAAAGAGAGAUUGCCCUUAAACAGCUUCAGCAGGCUACAGAAAAAGCAAAGGCAAAAGAAAUGGCACGCAUUCAAGCAGAGAGAGCAUCACAAGCAAAAGCAGAAAAGACGGCAAAGCUUACUCAGAAGAAAAAAGAGCGGGAAGAGAAUGCAAAACAUAGAGCAGAACUGAAUAAGAAAAGAAACAAAAAAUCGAAGGAAGAAAAAGAACAGUUGGCUGUUUCUCAUGAGCUGAAACUCAGGGAGAGACUAAUCAAGAUCCACAGAAAGAAAUCUGCAGUUAGCCGAGUAAGCAGUCAACAGAAACGACCUUGGGAGAAAUUUGACAUAGCCGUCAUGAAAAAAGAACAAUUGCAGAAGGAAAUUUCACUGGCAGAUCAGAUUCGUUUUGCUAAGAGUAGAAGAGCUGAAUAUGCAACCCAAGAAGCUUUGGAUACUUAGUUCUCGAAGUGAGUUCGAUAAGGGUACAUCAAAAUCAAGAGCCAAUGCAGCUGCAAAUGGAACAUUUGAUUAAUUUGACACGUGCUAGAUUGUUUCUUAAAACGAACAUCGUCACUCAUACAGCAAGAUCAUUGGAUCGAGUAGUUCAAAUUUGCUUGUAAAAAACGUACUGAUGCUAAAUUUUUGAGUUUGUUCUGUUUCUUGAACUA